AUGGAUAAACCGAAGCUUGCGUUCGGGCUCAACCUGACGAAAAAGCCUGGCGCAACCAAGCCGAUACCUGCGAGAUCAAAACCCAUGUUUGACAGCCACGAUAAUGAUUCGGACGAUGAGGGCACCAAGGUGGAAGAAAUCGGGGGCGAUUUGGAAGAUUUUACAGCAGCCAGCUCAGCACCAGCAGAUUCAGCGAGGGGAUCCAGAUCGAAGAAAGGCCCUAUAGCUGAACCUCCAAAACUCAAAUCGAAAAACCAGACCAACGCCAUGUUUGGAGACUUAUCCAGCACGCUCGCAUCUCGCAAGAACGCAGAGGCGGCCACCGAACUAGAUGCUAGCGUCUACGAAUACGACUCUAUAUACGACUCCAUGAAGCCAAAGAAGAAUAUUUCAAAAGAGGACGAGGAACGAAAACCAAAAUACAUGAAGAAUCUGUUGCGAGCGGCGGAUGUGCGGAAACGAGAUCAACUGAUUGCCGAAGAGAAGAAGAUUGCGCGGGAGCGUGAAGCAGAGGGAGAGGAGUUUGCCGAUAAGGAAAAGUUUGUGACGGAGGCAUAUAAGAAGCAGCAAGAGGAGAACAAAAGGUUAGAAGAAGAAGAGCGGAAAAGAGAGGAAGAGGAAGCCAAGAAAAACGAGGGUACUGGCAUGACGACUUUUUACAGGAAAUUGCUGGAUAAGGAGCAGGAGAGGCAUGCCGAGACUGUUCGAGCCGCAGAAGAAAUGGCCAAGAGGGGUCCCGAGGAGAAAGACGAUGAGAAUGAAGGAGACGCAGACGUUGACAAGGAGAAGGAAUUCGCCAAAGCGGCACAGGAGCUCAACGAAAAAGGAGCUUCCAUCUCCGUCAAUGAAGACGGCCAAGUCGUCGAUAAGCGACAGCUCCUCAAAGGCGGCCUCAACGUCGGCGCGAAGAAGAAGGUGGAGGCGCAACGGGAGGAGGCGGAUCGCCCGGCGGAGAGAGAGCGCAAGGAAAUCUCAGGCCAGCAGAUGAGCCGCAAGCAGGCCAUGCGGGAAAGACAGUCGCGGAUGCUCGCGGACCAGCUGGAAGCCUCGCUGAAGCGCUCGAGGGAGGCGACCGAGGCAAAGAGGGAAGAAGUGGAGAGGGCGGCAAAGACUCGCAAGACGGAUGGGGAGAUUUCGAGUGCCAAGGAGAGAUAUCUUGCGAGAAAGAGGGCGGCGGAGGAGGAGAAGAAGAAGGCUGCGGCGGAGUAA